CUCUACUCUCCACUGCUCAUAUAUGUCGUUUUGGGAGUUAUUGGCAAUCAACCAAUAAUGUUUGUGUGAAAGCUGCUCAGCCGGUUUCUUUCCAUUCCAACGGCUGCUUCUCUGGAAACAGUUUAAAGUGAAACUAAAGUUUUCUCCUCACAGUGUUGGCAGAUUAUCGGGAGAAGGAAAGUGACAACUGGCUGUGAACUGAAUGUGUUUUUCAAGUGUUCGUUUAGUGACCAGCAGAUUAAUGAGGACUUUGUGGUUGUUGUAGUUUUUACAGGAAGAUGAAGAUGUUUGUGGUUUUUGUGAUCCUCGUGCACGUUUCCCAGCAUGCCUCAGCUGUGGAGCUGUAUGAGGGGGAGGAGUUUGUCCUGCUGCCCUGUGAGUUUCCCACCUUUGAAAUGGACGACCCCACAGCGGUGUGGAGCCGCUACGAUCUCAAUCCUCCAACCGUCCACCAGCGUCAGCAGGAAGGUGAUGAACUCAAAGACCAAAACCAGCUUUACAGCGGCCGAACAUCCAUGAUGGCUGACGCUCUGGAAACUGGAGACCUCAGCCUCAAUCUGACAAAACUCCACCUCUCUGACAGCGGCAACUACACCUGCACCGUCAGAUCAUCAGGAGGACAACGGACAGUGAGAGACAUACAGCUGCAUGUCAAAGAACAGCUUCCAACCUGGGCUAAAGCUCUCCUGGUUCUCCUGGUUCCUGUUCUUAUUGUUUCUGGGGGUCUUUUGGUGCAUUUUCGGCAGUAUUUCAUGUCAGUCUACCAGGUGGAGGUGGGUUCAGGGGAGGAGUCUGUCCUGCUGCCCUGCAAAACCACAGUUCACCUGCCUGAGGACGUCACAGUGGAGUGGACGGACAGUACCACAUCCAACAGGAAGGUCCAUGUAUAUCAGAACAGCUCUGAUCAGCCUGAAGAACAGGGCCAGGAUUACAGAGACCGAACAGAGAUGAAGAGAAACCUGCUGGAACCUGGAGACCUCAGUCUGACCCUGAAAUACCCCACAGACACAGACAGUGAGACCUUCACCUGCACCGUCUACAGCAGGGAGCGAAAGAUCCUGAUGAAGAAACAAGUGAAGCUCGAGGUCAAAGUCUGUCAGGUGGAGGUGGAGGAGGGGGCGGAGUCUGUCCAACUGCCCUUCAAGACCACAGCUAACCUGCCUAAGGACGUCACAGUGAGGUGGACCUGCUCUGAACGAGAGUACAUGAUAGUGCAUGUGUACAGUUCUGACCAGCCUGCAGAACAGAACCAGUAUUACAGAGACCGAACUAAGAUGAAUGAAGACCUGCUGGAAACUGGAGACCUCAGUCUGACCCUGAAAUCCCCCAAAGAGAGAGACAAAGGAAGAUACCGCUGCAUCGUCUAUAACGUGGAGGGAUACUUCCUGAGAGGAAAAGCAUUUGAGCUCGAAGUCAGAGGGAGAACCAGGAACAGAAGCAGUUCCAUUGAUCCAACUCCUCUGAUGGCUGAUCAAUCUGUUUGAUUGAUCUUGUUGAAGGGGCUAAAAGGAAGAGAAUGUCAACGUUCAGCUGUCAGUGUUUCCUCUACUCAUCCUCUGAAUGAACCUGCAGUCCAUACUGUGAUUGAUUGAUUGACUGACUGAUUGAUUGAUUGAUUGAUUGAUUGAUUGGUUGGUCUCAUGUAGCUCUAUAAUGUUUCUCUGAUGUUUGUGUAUUCAGCUUCUAUACAUAUAUAUCUGGCUGUGUCUCAUGAGGUAGAGCGGGUCGUCCACUGAUCAGAAGGUCACUGGUUCGAUCCCCGGCUCCUCCCGCUGCAUGUCGAAGUGUCCUUGAGCAAAAUACUGAACCCCAAACUGCUCCUGAUGCUGAAUCACUGUAUGAGUGAGUGAAUGUGUGAAUGUGGCUGUAAAUGGCUUUGAGGGGUCAGAAUUUAUACCUCCUCAUCUCCUCCUUCCUCCUGCCUGUGACUGGAAAUCCAUCAGGAGGAGAGAGGCAUCAUGGGGGAUGAAGUGAAGACCCUCCCCACCAGUAUCAGUCUGUAGUAUGAGAAACUUUGUUUUAUAUUUUUAUAUGAUAAAUCAGCUCCUUGUUGUUUAUGAAGAUGAUUUAUGCUGCUGUCUAUUCCUGUUCCUGUAGAUGGAACUGGUCUCUUUGUGUUCACACUGCAGUUUAACAAUACAAAUGAUUUUCAUCCUCAAA